GCCAUAUAUGUAAGUUCAGUGAACCCCCAACAUGCUUCUGUACAUAUGGCUGCUGCUUCACAUUGUUUUCCAUGUUGAGGGAAAAUGUGCAAAAAAUUAUUAUUACGAUGGACUUCUUGAGGAGUGCCAACCUUGUUCCAUUAGGUGCAACUCCCCACCAAAUAUUUGCUCAGCAUAUUGUACCUCAAUACCAGUAAAUGAAGCUGAAAAGAACCAAAAUAUAAGUUUCAUUUUGAUAGUGUUUUUUGUGAUCCUGGGAGCUUUCACAGCGCUAACCAUAAUGCUACAAGUUAUACGCAGAAAAACCUGUAAGCCCAUCAUCAUGAACAAAGGUCAAGAACAUAAGACAUCUGAUUGUGAGAGAGGCUUGGAUGUCUCAGAGCAAACUGAAGAUGCAGAUGAAGCCAUGAGUGACCCAAGACCACCUGAGACACAAGAUGGAUUCAAUCAACAUCACUACAACUCCAGCCUGCCUCUCCCUUCCACUGAGGAAGGCACCACAUUGCUGGUUACCACAAAGACAGUGCAAGCUUUCCACUGCACACCUGUUAUGGGAAGAAAUCACAUAUAGGCCCCUAGGGGACUAUGGAGAAGUGGCACUGUGUUUUAAGCAGUGUGUAACAGUAUUACUCGACACAGACUGCACAUUUUAUAAUCUGUUGAAUGGUAAUGGUGAGCAUCAUUUCUAAGAAAUCAGUAAAAAAUUUGAAAUGGAUUUCUGGAUUCAGUAUUAUAAUGGACACAUUUUUGUUGUCUUAUUGAACUUGAACACAAGAAGAGAGUGUUUGAAUAUGAACUGUGAACAUCUGCAUGAUAUUUAGAUGUAUGUGAUAUUAUAUGAGUGAUAUUUGAAGUGUUUGAAACCAUUGCCAACAAACUUCACUUUUGUAUCUACGCAAAUUCAAGAGAAAUGCAUGAUACAAAUGUUGACAGAAGUUUAUAAUUAAAACAUGUUACACGUAUUGUAUAUCUAUACGUUUAAAACCUUGUGUAAAAACGUAUGCAAUAAAUGUUUUAUAUAGA